UUUGGUGAAUCAGUUCGUAGCUUUAGCAACCUAUUAUAUGGAGGGAAAGGGCAUAACAAUCUGUUAGCGCCGUCCGGGAGUCUAACUUUCUUCCGCGAGCCUCAGUCUUAUCCCCCAACUCCAAAACCCUAGCCCAAAGAUGGAUCAGGAGAGGCUUAGAAAGAUUGCCAGUGCCGUUCGCACUGGUGGAAAGGGUACCAUGAGAAGAAAGAAGAAGGCAGUUCAUAAGACCACCACAACUGAUGACAAAAGGCUCCAGAGUACCUUAAAGAGAAUUGGGGUGAAUGCCAUUCCUGCUAUUGAGGAGGUCAACAUUUUCAAGGACGAUGUGGUUAUCCAAUUCAACAACCCGAAGGUUCAAGCAUCUAUUGCUGCAAACACCUGGGUCGUUAGUGGAUCUCCUCAAACAAAGAAAUUGCAGGAUAUCUUGCCUGGUAUCAUCAAUCAAUUGGGGCCAGAUAACUUGGACAACUUGCGUAAAUUGGCUGAACAGUUUAAACAGCAAGUACCUGGAGCAGGUGGUGAUGCAAAGAAUGCACAAGAGGAGGAUGACGAUGUUCCAGAACUUGUUGAGGGGGAGACUUUUGAAGCACCUGCAGAAGAAAAUCGUUCUUCCUAGAAAGAUCCCAUUUGAAGGAGUGUUUUAUGACGUUUUAUACUUCCUAGAGUUGCUUCAGACAAGUUUUUAUGAUUUCGAUAAUUCUUAAUCUUAUCAUAAUUUAACUUGUUCUCUUUAUGAUGAGGAACGGUACUUUCUCUGUUUGUUCAAUGCCCUGCCAUACUCUUAAAUCUUCCAAUGAUCCUUUCAAUUAGCGGUAUACACAACAAAAAUUGCGGAGCUAUCUUCUCCGCCAA